UGUUCAUUGGUUGCACAUUCCCUGCAAACUUUGAGAAACUUGCAAGUAGUAUUUAUUUUAAUUUGCAACCUUUUUCCUGUUCACAAUCAAUCGCAAAGCCCAAAAAGAAAGCUCCAAGCUUUCUCUCUCUCCCCUCCACAUCCAAAAGCAAAAUAGUGAAAAAGAUCUAUUCUUUCUUUAUUGAAUUUUUUUUUUUUUUUUCUGGGCCUUUUUGGAGAAAUUUGAUUGAAAACCCAAAGACCCCCCAACCAAAAUUCCAGAGAGGAAAAAAAAGAGGUCAAAUUCCUCAACAUGGGGAGCGAAACUAAUUCUGUAGUGGAAAUAACAGAGCCGUUGCUCAAUGAUCCAGACAAAAUCAGUGCCGUUGGGUCUGAGGAGGACUCAGUGCCUAUCCCAGAAUGGAAGGAUCAGAUCACCAUCAGAGGGCUGGUUGUGAGCGCCUUGUUGGGUGGGUUAUUUUGCGUCAUCACCCACAAGCUCAAUCUCACAGUUGGGAUCAUACCCUCCUUGAAUGUUGCAGCUGGGUUGUUGGGCUUCUUCUUUGUCAAGUCAUGGACUGGCUUUUUGUCCAGAUUAGGGUUCUCUGUCACCCCUUUUACCCGCCAAGAGAACACCGUUAUCCAGACCUGUGUUGUCGCUUGCUAUGGCCUCGCAUUCAGCGGAGGUUUUGGUUCGUAUUUGAUUGCAAUGGAUGAGAGGACAUAUCAACUUAUUGGUGCUGAUUACCCGGGUAAUAGGGCUGAAGAUGUUAAGAACCCUGGAUUGGGGUGGAUGAUUGGUUUCUUGAUUGUUGUCAGUUUUCUCGGGCUGUUUAGUCUUGUUCCACUUCGCAAGAUAAUGGUGAUGGAUUACAAGCUUACUUAUCCAAGUGGAACAGCCACUGCCAUGUUGAUAAAUAGCUUCCACACCAAUACUGGAGCUGAGCUUGCAGGGAAGCAAGUACACUGUCUGGGAAAAUAUUUAAGCAUAAGCUUGUCUUGGAGCUGCUUUAAGUGGUUCUUCAGUGGUAUUGGGGAUUCAUGUGGAUUUGACAAUUUUCCGAGCCUUGGAUUGACACUAUUUAAGAACACGUUUUAUUUUGACUUCAGUCCAACUUAUGUUGGAUGUGGUCUUAUUUGCCCUCACAUUGUCAACUGCUCAGUUCUUCUUGGGGCUAUCAUAUCGUGGGGUUUUCUCUGGCCCUUUAUUUCCAAACAUGCUGGAGACUGGUAUCCAGCUGACCUUGGUAGCAAUGAUUUUAAAGGUCUUUAUGGAUAUAAGGUAUUUAUAGCAAUUUCCCUUAUCCUGGGAGAUGGACUUUACAAUUUGAUCAAGAUUAUAGCUAUUACUGCUAAGGAAAUCUGCAGCAAAAACACCAAAGAGAAGCUUCCUGUAGUUAUGGAGGCCUUAGAUAGUGAGAGCUCUAGACUAAAGCUGGAGCAGAAAAGAAGGGAUGAGGUAUUUCUGAAAGAUAGGAUACCCUCUUGGAUUGCAGCUUCUGGAUAUGUGGGACUGGCUGCAAUAUCAACAGCAACGAUACCAAUUAUCUUUCCUCCCCUUAAGUGGUAUCUGGUUCUCUGUUCCUAUAUAAUUGCUCCUGUCCUAGCCUUCUGCAACUCUUAUGGCACCGGCCUCACAGACUGGAAUUUAGCUUCAACCUAUGGUAAAAUUGGUCUUUUCAUCAUUGCUUCGCUGGUUGGAAGUAAUGGUGGGGUGGUAGCUGGGUUAGCAGCUUGCGGGGUGAUGAUGUCCAUUGUCUCCACUGCUGCUGAUCUCAUGCAAGAUUUCAAGACAGGUUACCUCACACUUUCCUCGGCUAAGUCUAUGUUUGUGAGCCAGUUGGUGGGUACAGCCAUGGGCUGUGUGAUUGCUCCACUCACAUUCUGGUUGUUUUGGACUGCUUUUGAUAUUGGGUCACCCGACGGACCAUACAAAGCACCUUAUGCUGUAAUAUUCAGGGAAAUGGCCAUUCUCGGUAUAGAGGGCUUCUCUGAGCUUCCCAAGCAUUGCUUAGCCAUAUGUUGUGGGUUUUUUGUGGCCGCACUGGUUAUAAACCUCCUAAGGGAUGUAACUUCUGAGAAGGUUUCUCAAUUUAUUCCCAUCCCAAUGGCCAUGGCAGUGCCAUUUUAUAUUGGAGCGUACUUUGCCAUUGACAUGUUUGUUGGAACGGUAAUACUCUUUAUAUGGGAAAGAAUUAAUAGGAAGGAUGCAGAAGAUUAUGCAGGAGCAGUUGCUUCUGGUUUAAUAUGUGGUGAUGGAAUUUGGACAGUUCCAUCAGCAAUUCUUUCCAUCUUCAGGAUCAAUCCACCGAUCUGCAUGUACUUUGGGCCUUCUUUGGACAGCUAAAUGGGAAAAUCCACUAGAUUUGUUGUAUAUAUUUUCUAUGUUAGUUGAAGGAUUGUUGGACUGUAAAUAUUUGUCUUCUGUUUGAUUUAUUGAACUCUUGUCUCUCACACAUUAUUUCUGAGCCAUA